GUUUUUAGUUUAGGGGACUAAAAAGCGUGAUUUUCAGCUGAGGGAGGAAGAGAUUUUGCAUAUGGUGGAAAUGAGGUGAGGACUGUGGAGGAAGGAAGAGGAAUCGUGGAAGACUUGGUUGCUGACUGAUGUCAACGAUCUACAACUGAAAUUCAAUCAGUUUUCUGCGGUUUCCUCGGCCUCUGCGAUGGAAGGUAUAUCCCCUGAUCAGGAUUCAGCAGAAUCCAUGAACAAAUACUCCAGUACUUCCUCAGGUGGUAGGAAUCAUGACAAGAAGGAAUUUCUUCGGAGAUUUGUCAACAGCGAGGCGUUGAAAGGAAAUCUAGAGAGUUGGCUCGAACACAUAGCUGAAGAUAAUAACCCUACUUUUGAUGUUCCUUUCGAGUUGAUAGAUCUUCAGAAGUUCGACUAUGCUCUAGAAGGUGUACCUUUCCAGCAACUAAUUCGAAUGCCCAGUGCUAUGUAUGCAUCAACAUCCACCACUGUCGAAGAAACUGUUUUUCUUGCUCUGGAGGAUUUUCUCCAUGCAAGUGUGAUCGGCUUGUGGGAAGCUUUUUGGGGUGGUCAGGAAAAUGAUUUGAUCCCGUUUUAUAUCUCAUCUUUGUAUGAUGGAAACUUGAGAUUUUACCAAGCCGAACAUGCCAUAGCUAAAGGAAAACUUGGGGGGCUUUGUGGAUCUGCUGUAAUGGUAAAGAAUCCCCGACAUCCAAAUGGGAAGUGGGACGAUGUUGUUGAGCUAGCCCUGCUGAGACCCGACAUUGGAAGUCUUGCUUCAGCUGAGGAAGACUCAAAGACACCUCCCGUCUCUAUCAUGGGUGAAGCUUUAUUCUUUGCAGUUCGUGCGUUGGUUGCAAGAAGCAUCAGCAGAUUACAUAUUCCUUUGAGUUUGAAUACCAUUUAUAUGGUCGUGGUUGAUUCUCAAUGCGGUGGUGUUAUUAGAGUCGAAGGUGACCCAAAUCAGAUUGAAUAUGGUGCGUAUAACGUCUAUGAAUCUGCAGCUGCAUGGAUUAAAGACCAUUCCCAUAUCUCCGUUUCUCCAAUUUAUCGAAUCUGGAACAAGCUUGGGAAUGCGAAUUGGGGAGAUAUUGGUGUUUUACAGGUACUUUAUGCUACAUUCCACUCCAUAGCACAAUAUGCAGGAAACCCUAAGAAUAGUAUUGAAGAUUUAGCUGCUGACCACGGGUCUCGCUUUCAAGCGAGGAAAAUUGAGAGGGGGUUGGAAAAUAUGAGGUUAAAUGCUAACGGUUCUUUCCGACUUCAGCAUCGCAUCGCUUCCCCUGAAAUUGUUGAAGUACAGGAAGAAUCGGUUCAAGUGGAUGCUGAGAAAAAUCGGCCCAAGCUUGACGUGGGAUCUGUUCUAUUAAUAGAGGAUUCGAGCUGGCAAAAGGGCUACCGGAUAGAUGAAGCUUUAAAUGAUGGGGAGAUUAUUUUCUAUAUUGUGACUCCUGUUGAAGAUCCAGGAAAUUCAUUUUUUCUGUAUGUUGGCGCGAAUCCUUCCCAACUGGAGCCGGCAUGGGAGGAUAUGAAGUUAUGGUAUCAAGUGCAGCGGCAAACGAAGGUCCUUAAUGUUAUGAAACAGAAAGGAUUGAUGAGCAAGUACGUUCCAGAUUUGAUUGCAUCUGGGCGGGUCAUUCAUCCGGGACAUUGUAAGAAACCGAGCACAGGUGGUAACAACUGUGACCACCCAUGGUGCGGGACCCACGUGCUGGUGACCAGUCCGGUUGGGAGGAGUGUCUCUGACUUGGUGAGGUCGGGUCAAUUUGGUGGUGAUGAGGCUAUCCGGUGUUGUCAUGACUGCCUGUCGGCUCUAUCAGCUGUAUCGUCUGCUGCGAUUCGGCACGGUGACAUCAGGCCUGAAAAUGUCAUCUAUGUUAGACCUGGCCUCGGGCAGCAGCCGUAUUUUGUCCUAAUUGGUUGGGGACAUGCUAUUUUGGAAGAAAGGGAUCGCCCGGCUUUGAACCUUCAUUUCUCUUCGACUUCUGCUCUUCAAGAAGGGAAGCUUUACUCUGCUUCCGACACGGAAAGUUUGAUAUAUAUGCUAUAUUUUUGUUGUGGUGGGGAUUUGCCAGUUUUGGACUCCGUUGAAGGGGCGCUGCAAUGGAGGGAGAUAUCUUGGUCGAAGAGAUUGAUACAGCAGAAGCUCGGGGAUAUCUCUGCUGUGCUGAAAGCAUUUUCCGAUUACAUUGAUAGCCUUUGUGGGACACCUUAUCCUGUCAAUUAUGAAAUCUGGCUACGGAGGCUGAGAAGCCAAAUCAGGGAAGAUGAUGUCGGGACAUCCUGAUUGAAUCUGGAUUUUACUAACCGUCAUUCAUUGUUGUUCCCGGCCCGGGGUCAUCCUGGAAGACAAGACCUACCAACCUCAACAACAUUCAAGCGCGUUACCAGGUACGUACGAACGAGCACACAAACAAACACUUUCCGUCAUGCUUCUUCAUCUUCCUAUGAUUGUGAGAUACUGAUUUCUGCCCUGUUGAGACGAUGCCUCAGAUGUCGUCUCGUCUCGAAGCUAAAAGCUUCUGAGAAACAAGAGCAAGGGCUUGAAGGGGAUUUGGAUUUGGAAAAAUAUAAUCUGUGGAUUGUGCAUUGUGUGCCUUUGUUGGCAAUAUAUGUCUCACAUUUCUUUAUCUAUUCUUUUUGUUUUUUUUGCUUACAUCUGUGAAAAGGAUGAUUGUAGAGAUGUUAUAUGCCUACUGCUGUUUGUAAAGAUUAUAGAUGUUUUUGAUUGUUU